AACUUUUUACUUCUUUACCUCUUUGUUAACUUUUUUUUUCUCUGAAUCUUCAAAGUUUCUUGUAUCAAGGAUCAAAUUGAGUCUCCAAUCCUUCUAAUAUUUCCUCUUUCAUUGUUUUGAAACUUUCAUCUGCCUCUUCUAAUCCUCAAAUUUUCAUACCCCCACUACAAGAAACUUAACUUUUAGCGACGAUUUCUUAACGAAGGGAGAUAAAUCCGGUCGUUCUAAGUAUAUUUAUAACGACUAAAUUCUUUUCCAGUCAUUAAAGAUAAAUUUUAGUUCAAUAUCAUCGAGGGGGCAAUAUCCAGUCCUUAAAAAACAUAAUAUCCGGUCGUUCCCCAAAUAAAAUAAGGCGCUAAUUUUUCCUACCUUUUUUUUUUCCCAGCCGCACGCUCCCCCUCAUCUGCUUUCCCACCAUUUUUCCUCAACCCCACUCCUCUUCAACGCAACAAUCACCCCUCAAAAGAAAAAAAACUGCUUCUUAAUUUAUAAUGCUUAGAUAUGCAUUAAUUACUUAUUUUCGACUCACACCAACUUAAUCAGCUAGAAAGCAGGGUGACAAUUAGAAUCUAAAGAGAUAUUGAGUAAAACCCCGCCAGAAGGAGUUUGCAACACAUACGGCUAAUUUGUUGCGGCUCAAUUUCAGGAAUUCCGCAACAAAUUCUUUGGAUAAACACCAAAUUUUGUGGUGAAACUGAUUCUGAAGAUAGGAUUGAAAGUUUGGUACAACUUACUGAAAAGAAUUCGAGAAAGAAGCUUAUCUCAACAAUUUGCAAUUUCCUUCUCCUUCACAUCAAGAUUAUGGCACCAAAUAAGCAAUGGAUGGAACUUAUUAAUGAUCGACUUGCUGGUGCUUACGUAGAGGGGGUGGAAAGUUUUUUAGAUUAUGCUUUUACAAGAUUGGGAGAACCACAAUUGAUACGUUGUCCCUGCAUCAAAUGUGGUAAUGCGACUUCUAGAACACGUGUUGUGGUCAGGUCACAUUUGAUAGUACAUGGGAUAAUACCGGGUUUAUACUCUUUGGUAUCACCAUGGGGAGAGGUCAGGUGAAGCACAACCAGAUUCUGAAUUUAUAUAUGAUAAUGACAUCGAAGAGGGUGAUGGUGAGGAUGAAAUACAUGGGAUUUUGAGAGAUUUGUAUUAUAAUGGAGAUAAUAUGAACAAUAGUGGUAAUGAUUUUGUCGAGGAGGAACCAAAUCCUGAAGCAAAACGAUUUUAUAAGCUACUGGAGGAUUUUGAGCUACCUUUAUACGAAAGUGCAAAAGUUUCUAAACUUUCUACUUUGGUUAAAUUUCUUCACAUUAAAAGUAUUGGUCAUUGGAGUAAUGAGUCAUUUACGAUGUUAUUAAAGUUUUUGAAAGAAGAUUUAUUGCUUGAUGGAACAAACUUGCCGAAUUCAUAUUACGAGGCAAAGAAGGUUAUUCGAGAUCUUGGUCUUUCUUAUAAGAAGAUUGAUGUGUGUAAGAAUGAUUGCAUGUUAUAUUGGAAGGAUGAUAAUUGUCUUGAAUCUUGCAAAGUUUGUGGGGCAUCCAGAUGGAAGGAGGAUAAACAUAGUGGGGAAACCAAAUUUAAAAGUGGAAAAAAGAUACCAUACAAGAUUUUACGUUAUUUUCCUCUAAAGCCCAAACUUCAAAGAUUAUUUAUGUGUUCAAAGACAUCUCCUCUUAUAUCAUGGCAUCAUGAUAAAAGAGUUGAUGAUGGGAUUAUGAGACACCCAGCUGAUUCAAUGGUAUGGAAAAACUUUGAUGAGCUUCACCCAUCUUUUGCUGCUGAGCCUCGUAAUGUAAGACUUGGGCUUGCUAGUGAUGGAUUUCAACCAUUUGGAAUGUCCAGAACUCCAUACAGCAUUUGGCCCGUGGUACUUAUUCCUUAUAAUUUACCACCUUGGCUUUGCAUGAAGCAAGAGAAUUUUAUUUUGUCAAUGCUUAUACCUGGUCCUGAGAGUCCUGGGGAUGCAAUUGAUGUCUAUCUUCAACCUUUGAUAGAGGAGUUGAAUGAAUUAUGGGAAACUGGAGUGGAGACCUUUGAUGCGUCAACUAAAAAGAAUUUUACAUUACAUGCGUCUUUGUUAUGGACCAUCAACGACUUUCCAGCAUAUGCAAAUUUGUCUGGAUGGAGUACAAAAGGAAAAUUGGCUUGCCCAUGUUGCAAUAAAGGAACUGUUUCCACAAGGCUAAAAAAUUGUAAAAAACAGUGUUACAUGGGCCACAGACGUUUUCUUCCUCUUGAUCACAAAUGGAGGAAUGAUAAAGCGUUAUUUGAUGGCACUAAGGAGACGAGACUACCACCAAAAAUGUUGUCCAGUGGUGAUAUACUUGAUCAAGUUGCUGAUUUAGAUGGGUUACCACUAACAAAGGAUCCAAAGAAGAAGAAUAAGAUAUCACAUGAAAGUAGGGGUGAUAAUUGGAAUAAGAAGAGUAUAUUCUUUGAUCUUCCUUAUUGGAAAACUUUAUUGUUGCAACAUAAUCUAGAUGUGAUGCACAUUGAGAAAAAUAUCUGUGAUAAUAUAUUGGGGACAAUCUUAAAUGUCAAAGGAAAAACCAAAGACACCUUGAAUACUCGGUUGGAUUUACAAGCAAUGAACAUACGAAAAGAUUUGCAUCCAAUAAAAAAUGGGGAUAAAUAUGAGUUACCACCAGCAUGUUACACAUUAUCUCCUGAAGAGAAGCAAAAGUUUUUCAAUUUCUUAAAGAAUCUAAAGGUCCCAGAUGGAUUUUCAUCAAAUAUUUCCCAGUGUGUGAACCUUAAAGAUCGCAAAAUUUCAGGAUUAAAAAGUCACGAUUGUCAUGUUAUUCUACAACAUUUACUCCCACUUGCCAUACGUGGUAUGCUCUGCAAAUCUGUGUCGGAACCACUUACUGAGUUGUCUUUAUUUUUCAAAGUGCUUGGGGCGAAAUGUUUGAGUGUGGAUGUGUUGGAACAAAUAGAAGCCCAAAUACCAUUAACCUUGUGCAAGUUAGAAAGGGUCUUUCCUCCUGCAUUUUUCGAUGUCAUGGUGCACUUGGCAAUUCAUUUACCUAAUGAAGCUAAGAUUGCUGGACCAAUUCAAUAUCGAUGGAUGUAUCCAAUAGAGCGCUACCUACACUUUUUGAAGUCUUCUAUUGGUAAUAUGGCUCGCCCAGAAGGUUCGAUUGCAGAGGGGUAUUUAGCAACUGAAUGUAUGACUUUAUGUUCAAGGUAUUUGAAUACAAUGAAGACAAAAUUUAAUUGCCUUGAACGAAAUUAUGAUGGUGGUAUUUUUGAAUCUGAGGGAGGUUUGACAAUUUUUUGUCAACAAGGAAAACCUAUAAAGGGUAGGAAAGGUAGCAAGCAAGAUAAACUUGAUUCAACUGAAAUGGAGCAUGCACAUUUUUAUAUAUUGAAGAAUUGUGAUGAAAUUCAACCAUUUCUCGAAGAGUUUUCACAAAUUCAUGUUGAUACCUCUCAACAAAGUUCAGAUGUGGAAUGGAAUAGGCAGUUCAUUACUUGGUUGCAAGAAAAGGUUGCAAGAUUACACAAACACGAUGAUAGUAAGAGAAUGGAAGAUUUGCUCUCACUGGCACGUGGCCCUUUGCCAUAUGUGACAAGAUUCAAAGGCCACAUUAUUAGUGGAUAUAGGUUUCACGUGCAAGAGUAUGAUAAAGGUUUGAGAACUCAAAAUUCCGGGGUGGUUGUAGUUGGUGAGACUGAUGAAGAGCAAAAAGAAAUGGAUUACUAUGGCGAGUUAACCGAGGUGCUUGAAUUACAAUUUGUUGAGGGAAGAAGAGUUAUUUUGUUUCGAUGCACGUGGUUUGAUGUAUAUGAUCAAGAGAGGGGAGUUAAAAUGGAUGAAUAUGGUUUUGUAAGUGUUAACCGCCAGCGAUUUUUGAAAACAAAUGAGCAUUUUGUAUUAGCCAACCAAGCAUCACAAGUAUUUUAUGUUGUCGAUCAUUCCAAUAAAGGUUGGCAUAUUGUACGAAAGGUUCAACCUCGUGAUUCUUUUGACAUUUUGCAAAAAGAAGAUGAUGACUUAGAGGAGUUAGUUAACUCUACACAAAUGAAAAGGAAAAGAGCACAUGAAGGUUGACAUGAAUCCCUCAAAAAUCCAGAAGUAUGAAAUGGGAUCAGCUUCAAAGAUUGCUAAGCAUGAAUUCAUUCAACCUGGUGCCUUAGCAGCAAAGGGACGGGGAGGGAAAAGCUUAAGAGUAAUGGGCUCUUUA